UUUAAGGCAACAGGGGUUCUUCGGCAAAUUAUCCAAAAUGGAAAGCAAUCAAAAGAUGGAGAUGGAGAGGGAACAGCAGAGGAGAGAAGAAUCGAAGAAGAUGGAGCAACAACCGCCGCACUAUAUUUCUCCGAUGAAGCCAUUGACGGAAAGUGCUUACGGCGGAGGAAUGUACGGCGGCGAGGAAGGCGAAGAGCGAAGCCUGCAGAAGAAACCUGCGAGCGAGACGCAGAGCGCCGAUGGACCUGUUGAAAGGGAAAUGAAGCCGAAGCAUGCGCCUCCGCCGUCCUCCGGCGACAGAGACAUCGAUAUCACAGGGCAAUCGUAUUUUCAGUAGCCUGCAAAGUUCGUGGCUGCCGAUUGCGUUUUGUAUAUAUACGUGUUUUAAGUUUUAAUAAUGGCGAUUAGGCAGUUUGUAUAGUGUAAUCUGGUUCAUUUCUUUGCUCGAUUAUGCGUUUUCGAUGAAUAUCUCUAUAUGAUUGCUAUACUCGGGGCGGAGCCAGGAAUUCCACUAUAUAUACAA